AGCGUGUGGAACGCUCGGCAGCGCCUCGAGCCCAUGAUCCAGACUCCCCUGAAGAAGUCGAAGAAAAACCCCAUCAGUUGUGGUAUUCUACUGUCCAUCCCUAAUUGCCCAUCAAAUGAGCAUUUCAGAGGCCAUUGAAGAAUCAGUAUAUUGAAGUGAGUCUGGAGUCACGUUCUCAUAUUGGGAUGGAAACUGUUGGAAAAAAAAAUGCUGAAGGAGAGAAUUAAUCUUCACUGAUGUGAGUUGAUAUCACAGUGGCAAAAUGGCAACUCUGAGUUUAAAGGCAGCUCAGAGAUAUUCUGUUCCAGACUGGUUCUCCAACAAUAACCAGAUCGCAACCAAUUCAGAACGACAGCGUUAUAUGUCCCAUCAGAUCCGCCAGGAAGGUCGGGCUCUACGGAAUGAAACCAACAACCAGACUAAAUGGGAUCAAGAAGAUAACAGCACCAGACUCGCUGAACGUAUGGAUGAAGUGGAGCGCUGGAAAGAUGUUCUAGAGAACACUCUUUGUGACAUUAACGUUGAGAUUGAUGCUUUAACCAAAAGUAAGGAGGAAGCAGAACGUGCUUUAGAAGCCAAGAAUCUAAAUCUGGAUGUUGUCAUUGAAAAUCUGACUUUACGGGAAGGUCGGCAGGACAUUGAUCUUGUGACGGACCAAGUGCAUGAACAGCUUCUUAAGGAGGCCGAGGUGAUCGAAGGCUCAAAGAAGGCGCUUCAGCAGAAAAUCACUGAGGCCUUUGAACAACUUUGUUUGUUAAUGGAAGCUCGUCAGCAAUUGGUCUUUGAUAUCAGCAAUAAAAAGGAAGCAUUGAAAAUUGACGAAGUUGCCUUGUCACUCAACAAUAAUUCCCCAAACAUCUCGUUCAAACCAAACCCAUUACGCAUCCCUCCAGGAUCCACCACGAAACAGCAAUGGGAUAUGUUCAGUCGGUACAACAAGGAUCGUGCAGAGGCAGAAAUGAAAGCUUCAACCAAUCUCCGUGAAGCAAUUUCAGCCACUAUUAAAACUACUGAUAAUGAAAUAGAGGCACAACGCGUUGCCACUGAUUUUGCCUUCAGGAAAAGAAUCCAUGAAUUUGAACAGGCGCUUAAUGAAUUGAAAUGGCAGGAGAAAAAUAUCUUGGAGGACAUCACAGAUCUUGAUGAAGAUAUUCGACGUCUUGAAGCAGAUCUUCGAGCAAAGGCUGCUCCUUUAAAGGUGGCUCACACGAGACUUGAAACUCGUACCUACAGACCUAAUGUUGAUCUCACCAGAGAUGAAGCACAGUACGGACUGGUGGAUGAGGUUCAUCAGCUGGAGGGCACCAUCGAUGCACUCAAACAGAAACUUGCCCAAUCUCAGGAUGCUUUGACUUCUCUGCAAAAACAACUUGCACGAAUACAAGAAGAUAUUGGCUUCAAGACUCAUUCGCUCUGCCUUGAUAAACAUAGCAUGGAUGUUAGAGCAAAGCUGACUACUCCACCUGAGAAAUAUGUAUCAAAGACAGAUAGCUUCCCCCGCACACCCAACCGACAGCUAUCAGAAAUCAAAUGUCGUCAACUAGAAUUAUUAUAAAUAUGGGAUCACGUACAAAAAGGAAAGAUACACUUGGUAACCUAAUGCGGCAUCUGCUGUUAUCAUGAAUCUGUAGUGAAAUGUGCUGUGUCACAAAGCAAGUAAAUAAAUAAAUAUACAACAUGCCUGGUA